AUUGCUUUCCGAGUUUGUUGUUGAACUGUUUUUGUUUAUCCAGAUUUCAAUUUUGUAAUUAAUAGGGUAAUACGGCCCUCCAAUGUCUACGGAGAAAGACCCUUUGGUGAGCGAAAGGUCUGGGACCGUCCGUGAAGUAGGAAAUAGUGCAAUUUGGAGUCUAUCAUCUUGCAAACCAGGCUAUGGUAUUGAUCAAUUGAGAGAUGACUGUAUGGACACAUACUGGCAAUCAGAUGGACAACUACCACACCUGGUGAAUAUCCAGUUUCAGAGAAAAACUAUGGUGUCUCAUAUUUACAUUUAUACAGACUACAAAUUAGAUGAGAGCUAUACUCCUAGCCGCAUAUCCAUCAGAGCUGGAACUCAUUUUAAUGACUUACAAGAAAUUGAAGUGAUAGAACUUGUUGAACCAAGUGGAUGGGAGAUGAUUCCAAUCAAAGAUAUUCAUGACCGACCAAUAAGGACGUACAUGAUCCAAAUAGCAGUGCUGAGCAAUCAUCAGAAUGGAAGGGACACUCAUAUGAGGCAGAUCAAGGUGCACUCUCCGUGUGAACCAACGUCAUUUGACAUCAACAAGUUCAGAAACUUCUCCACAGUUCAGUUCCAACAGUAUGCUACUAUUCGCUAAAACCAAAAAUUUAUAUUUUAGAUUUCUUAAUAAAAAACUAAAUAAAACAAAGAUAAAAAUUAUA